AGCGUCGCCGGCCGUUUCUUUGGAUGCUUUUUUAAAGUUAACCUUUUAGCUGCGAACUCCGGAAAUAAUAAACACGUCGCGUGAACAAAAUGGCCUUUGCGAACGCGCGCACGUGUACCGAAGAAACUCUGUGUAGCGGUCGGGAGGAAGAAGAUGGUGGCGAGCACGACACCGACCGCGACUCCACAUCAUCGAGUGUCAACAGCUCCGACUACUCUGAUGACCUGGAACCAGAAUGGCUUGAUGACAUCCAGAAGAAUGGUGAGCUCUUCUACCUGGAGCUGAGUGAGGGCGAAGAGGAGGCCGCGUUGGCCCAAGCCGCCGCCACCAGCCAAGGUGUGUCCACCAAUCACGUUCGCUUCAGCGAGGAGGAGGCCGAGAUCAUCACCGAGCAAAACAAGAAGCAGCGAUGCGGGUCGAGGACGAAAGGUGAGCCCGCGCUGACGAGGUUGGUCAGGAUCCUGAGGAGAAAACGCCGGCCAUCUCAGCGCAGAGGAGGGAAGGAUGGAGGUAAAGACAACUCAACUUCAUCUCCUCCGGCAUCCAUCCUUAAGAACCAGCCGGGUCAAAGGCAGGGGGUGACGGUUCAGCAGCAGCAGCUGAAGGAAGUGUGCGUCUACCUCAACCCUAAACGUCUUGGAGGUUCCUCAACACCUCUGUCUGACGGCGGAGGCCUUCUGGAAGCUCUGCUGGGGGUGGUGCAUCGCCCGUCCUGGAGCAGAGGAAACACUGCAGUGGUCAGCCAGGAGGAGAGACUGACUGUUCAUGGACUAAUACCCAACAGCCCGGCCAUCAAAUGUGGCCAAAUUCUGAUCGGUGACGUGCUGGUAGCGGUGGACGAUGUGGACGUGACCUCUGAAAACAUCGAGAGGGUUCUGUCCUGCAUCCCAGGACCAACACAGGUGAGGCUGACGUUGGAGACGGUGGCUCAGGGCGACGGCGGCAGUGCGAGCGACACUUCAUCGGACCGUAAGACGAAGGCCUCGUCUCCUCCAGUCAGCCAGCUGGUGCGUCUGCUGUGGGGAGAGGACACCGCCGAACUUCAGAUGUCCAUAGGACACAUCCCGCACGUUGUCAUGUACCUCUCACUGAAACUGGACUCGGCAUCACCGCAGGAAGAGGAGGAGAUCUUGUACCAGUACCCCGUGUCUGAGGCAUCCGGCCAGCUGAAAGGAGUGAGAGGCAUCUUCCUCACUCUGUGUGACAUGCUGGAGAACGUCACGGGAGGGCAAAUACUCAGUUCUUCUCUCCUGCUCGGGAAGCAGCUGGUUCAUGUGGGCUACUGGAAGGAAAGCAACAACCUGUUGGUCAUCGGUCUUCCUGCUGAGAGGGUUCCACUGCUGUAUUUGCAGACGGUGGUGGGAGACGUGGUCCGGACUCUCAAAGUGAUGUACGGCUCCUUAGACAAUGCGUUCUGUAAGGUGGACCAUGCUCCCAGGUUGGACCACUUCUUCUGCCUGUUCUUCCAGCAGCUCAUCCAGCCGUCUCGCUUGAGGGACGGCUCCUCAGCGCCGGCCCCCGAUGUCUCGGGGACCCUUUUUCUUGAUGGACUGCCGGCGGUGCGAUGGCUGACGCUGCCUCCUGAAAUCAAGAUGGAGGUGGAUACUGUUCUCUCUGAUUUUGAGUCUUCUGAUUUUGGAGAAAUGUCCGAGGACUAUUUUGGCCUGAGGCGUCUGUAUGUAAUUCUUGGCUCCUGUUUGUUCUACAAGUCCUACCUGAUUGCCAACCACCUGCCUAAAGAGGACCUGCUGGAUGUGUGCCUGUACUGCCAGCACUACUGCCUGCUGCCGCUGGCGUCUGAGCAGCGGGUGGGUCAGCUGGUCAUCUGGAGGGAGGUGUUUCCCCAGCAGAGAGCUAAUGGCAGCAGCACAGUGCCGGGCUACAGCCAGCCUCAAGGACGUCACUUCCUCCUCAUAGUGGGAUUGAGGCACUUCAUGCAGUGUGUGCUGUUGGAGGCAGGUGGCUGUGCUUCUGCAGCUUUGGGCUCUACAGGACCCGAUUGUGUUUACGUAGAUCAGGUGAAGGCCACCCUGCUGCAACUGGAGGUGUUGGAAGCAGGUAUUGAGGAGCGUCUCAAUGCUCCGCCGGCUCCCUGCCUGUCCUGUGCUGACUGGUUCCUUCCUGCUGCCACACCCCGCGACCGCCUGGACAGCCUGGCCUCUUCCUCCCCCGUCUUCAGCAAGCUAGCAGGGGCUGUCAAAGGCUCCUCCUCCGGGUCCAGAGGCCGUAGUCUGUUUGGGGAGAAGGCCCGGAGGUCCAGCCCCCAGAGGAGCCUGUCUGACAGUGGGAGUGAGGGACAGAUGGAUGCUGGGUCAGGGUCUGUUUCAUCAAUGGCUCCAGGCCUCAGUCCACAUUCCACCCCAGACUCAGGCAGGAAGAAGCUGGGGGGGCGUCGGGACUCGCUGGGAUCUGGAGGGUCGGAUGGGAGUGGAGGCAGCGGAGGCCUCUUCAAGAUUCCCAGAAUGAAGCACCCAAACCCAUUCUACCUAGGCACCCUAAAGAAGACCCUGACUGAAAGGGAGACAGAGGAGAUGUACAACACCAUGAAACUGACUUCAGGUGCAGAGAACACCUUGUUCCACUAUGUCUUGAUGGAAACGGUUCAGGGGAUCUUCAUCGCUCCGACUCACAGAGAGGUGGCUCAGCUCAGCGGCUCCAUCCACCCACAGCUCAUCCGCAACUUCCACCACUGCUGCCUCUCCAUACGGGCCGCAUUCCAGCAGAGCCUGCCAGCCAGGGGCCGUCGGGCUGCAGACCGGCCUCAGGGCGGUGGUUGGGGUCUGGGUCCCGUGAAGGAACACGGGGUCCUGUUUCAGUGUAAACCUGAGAACUGGACCGACCAGAGGAAGCCUGCUCCCACCAUGACUUACUGGGUCAUCGGGUUCGUCAGCUUUCACUAUUUUUAUCCACAAACUGCACCGUUCUCUGCUAAAUCCGAGCCUUUUCCUCAUGUGCCAAUCUUGUUUUUCCAGACGGAUGUUGCUCGAGCCCGUCCCUCAGGAGUUCUACGUGUGUUUCCAUGACUCGGUGGCAGAAGUUCCCGUAGAGAUGGCCUUCAGACUCUCCUUUGGCCUGGCCUUGUGAUUACUACAUCCGUGACAAUGGACUCACACACUACAACGUUUCUUCUUCUGUUCCACUCUCAGGAGAACAAAUCAAACUGAGGCGCUUCUUGAAAGAACCCGAGAGCAGGAAUUUCAUUGCCUCAUUGCUCACCAUAGAUGUGUGCAAGAGUCUGUGUGUAGAUGGAAAGCCUCUCAGGUCAUGAAUACCUCAGACACUUUGGUGUAAACCUCUGCUUAGAGCAGUUAGCAGCUGUAAAGUUUACUAAGCUGGACCAAUUAAAACUACGCACGAGUCUCCAUGUAGAAGUACAAAUAAGGUUGUGUUGAUAUUGUUACAAUUUGUUACCUAAUUUAAGAUGUACAGUUUUGUAUGGAAUUUGAGUCAACAAAAUUGAGAUUAAAGAAGGAAUGCAGUUUCUCUUUUAUUCUGUAACAACCUUCACACAUCUCUAAACAUAAUUUUACAUUAUUGACAAAAUGAUAAAUAAACCAAGGAAGUGGAAAUAAUGGUACUCUUUCUCCCAACUUAACAAAAAUGUUAAUUUUAUGUCUACUAAGGUUUCUAGUUCUGAACAUUUAAUAAUGUACAUAAUUAAAUUGUGGAGCCAGCGUCUCUGCUUGCAAAACCAUUAUUAUGAAUAUGACAAUGUAAAGUCCAAAUUACACACAUCUGUACAGUGUACAUUUUAUCAAUACGACCACGUGGACGGUACCCACCUUCAUCACAGCUCGGCGCAGUAACAAAACUACAUUUGCGUCCAUUUGUAAUUUAUUCGUCCCUUUAAAGUUCGAGCAGCAGGUUCCUCUUGUAACACUGGAGGCUGCAGAGAGGAACCCCGGUCUUUGAGCAGCAGUACUUCUUGAGGUUGGUGCAGCCGCUGACCCCGCAGUUCACCGGGGCUGCCGGUGGAGGACGGGGAGCCGUUGGUGCCGGCGGGGGGACCCCCGAGGGGAAGGAGACGGCAAUGCCCUGGACGCAGUCGCUGUACCGGAUCAUGGGACACUGAUUCAGCUUGGACUUCCUCUCUCGCAUGCUUUUGAUCUUGGCCUUGCUGGUUUUCGUCAGUCUCUCUAUCGUCUGGUUCUUGCUGUCUUCCGCCUUCUUGGCCGCCUGCAGGCGUCUCUUCCGGGCUCGUUCCUCCCGCUUCUGCAUCAUCUCUGCGGUCAUCUCUUUCUCCUUGUAGCCCAUGGGCAGCUCCAGGAGAGGCUGGCUCUGCUGCUUGUGUAGCAGGGCUUUCUGUACAUAAACACAAACACUCAGGGAUAUACGAUUAUAGCGACAUUAUGGUGGACUGAAGUACAUAUGUCCUGCUUCCUCACCUGUCUGGCCGUGAGCAGAGACUCGUCCAACUCCUUCUUCAGCUCCCCGUUGUCGUCGAGCUCUCCCUUCUCCAGAGCGUCCAGCCACCGCUCCUCCUCGUCCUUAGGAACCCCCAGCAUGCAGUCUGAGUCUAUGUCUGGCAUAGGGGAUGUGGCCAGGUUACUGUCUUCAUCUGAUACAGAACAAACAUGAAUGUGUCGUUUAACCACGGCCAGAACAUUGUCUCGACCAUGCUACAUUAAAAAACACUAAUAUGAAGUUAACUUGCAUUCUUGAUUUGAAUGAAGGAGAAUAUUCAUUUAUCCAUUAAAACUUAUAUUUAGCAUUCAGGGGAUGUUGUCUUUAUUAAUAUAAAUAUGUACAACUAUUAAUGCCAUCCAUAUUAGAGGUGUUUUAGACCGUGUUUAAGUUGUGAUAUAGUUAAUGCUCUUAGAUGUAUUUUCCCUACUGUUCUAGGGCUCCAUUCACUUCCACGCAUCAGUGUUUUCCAACUGUUUUGCCAU